CCCAACCGACUUCGGCCCUACCCCUAGAGAGUUCCAGUGCUCACGGCUACCACCACUAAAGUAACAAGCACAAUAAUAAAAUGCAUUGCCCUUCCCACUCCAUUUUUUCUUCUGCCUUCCCCUUUCCCACCCCCAAACACUCCUUUCCAUUUCUCGACACAACACUCCUAUCGCCACAAUCAUCAAUACAAUCAUCACCAUCGUGUUUCCCAAUCUCGUUUCCGCUACUCUUCUCCGACGAUCGUGGAUCCGCCCGGCCUUUCCUCGCCUCAGCUCUCUUAAAUCAAAAAUUUUUCUCCACCAUAUCCCGACAUGCCUGCCUCUUCAGGUUCAGCCGUGAGCUCCUCUCUUCCAUCGCUCUCGCCUUCACCUCAAGAAUCAGGUUCUACAUCCUCAUCUGGCGCCGGAUUCGUAUUGGCACCGCCUCCACCACCUCCGCCUGCCCCUCCUGUCAGGGAGCGCAAGAAACCUGGUCCGAAACCGAAGCCAAAAAUUCCUCCUUCGAAGAUCAUCAAACUUAA